UUCACUUUCCCUCCCAAAACCAAAGCCAAAACCAACCAUUCACAUGUUCUCUUCUUCGAAUCACAACCACCACUUUUUCUCACACACAAACACACAGUACAUAUAUAUACACACACUGAAUUCACCCCCACAUUAUCCAUAUAAAUUGCGCUAAUCUCCCGAAGAUUCUAGAAAGUCUCUCCAUUUUCACGCGAUCGACAAUGGCGGCAACUGCUCCGCAUUUACUUCAGUUACCGGUCCGUUCACCGGAACUUCGCGUUCUGAUCGCCGGUGGAUAUGCGAUUCUCCAAUCAUCACGGUUGGAGUUUCCGUUUUCGCGUACGACUCACGCGCCGAUUUUACGUGCUCGGAAGGUGAGGAUUGAGUGUGUUGCGAAAUCUACUGAGCUAGAACCGCAUGUAAAGGAAGACGGUGACGAUGAUGAGGGUGAGGAUGAGGUUCGGGACUCUGUUGUUAAUGGCUCGGUUAUCUCACAGAAGAAUGUUUCGGCUUCCGGUGGUGAUUCGCUGUCGCUUGGUAUUCGGGAACCUGUUUACGAGUUCUCGGAGGCUUGAGGUGAGCAGAUUCGAACUGGUUCUGCAGGUUGGGACAUUUUGUGUUGCCAUUGGUGCUCUGGUAGCAGGUAUAUUUGGGAUGAACUUAAGAUCCUAUCUAGAGGAGCAUAUGUUUGCGUUCUGGCUUACAACAGCAGGAAUAAUCGUCGGGGCUGUUCUGGCCUUUUAUCUCAUGUACUGGUAUCUGAGAACAAGGAAAAUACUGUAAGCAACUGCUGAUUCCGAAUCAGGUGAUUUAAAACUUGACCAAGAUUAAGCUUGCCACUGCAGUAGGUGCCCAAAAAAUUGCUGGAUACUAGCAUAUUCUGCAGCAUGACUGGGUAUGUAUGAUCAUUGCACAUUAAUAAGACAGCUUCAUGAACAAUUGACAAUAUUAUGGCGCCAUCAGCAAAAUUAGCAAUGCAAUUUGUCCCCCUAUCAAGAUCGUAGGAUUUCAGAGAGACGGUGACAGCCAAUCUUCCGCAAGUUUAUAUGCCAAUUUGGAGUAGCCAUCGCUCUAUUACCAGCUUGUUAUGUCUAUAGCAUCAUCUCCCACUAUAAGUUACUAUGACAUUCUGAUAUAAAAGGUAUUGCCUCAAUAACACCUUUUACUUGAGCCGAGGGCCUCUCACGCCACUUAUAGGAUUUCACAGGGUAUGUUGUCGAUUGUACUUUUGUAAACACAGUACGGAUUAGUGGUAAGUUGGAACAGAGAGGUUUCAUGUCCAUAACAUAAUUAUUUGACUGGACAAUUACCAAUUUAUGUCUUGAUAUUCGUGCCCCGUUGAAUUCAAAUAAUCUUCUGGUAGAUUCCUGUUUUAAA